GUCAACAUGUACGAAGGUGUGGGGGAACUGAGAUCGUUGAUCGUGACGUUGAACGACACACAACAAGCAGCUUUGCUUGAUCGUCUCUUCUCUCUCGCACGGGAUGAUACGCCGGAUAUCGAUCAAUCUGCUCCGGUGAUCAAGAUAGUAUGGAUCUUGCUUGCGAUGUCCACAAUCGUGGUCACCACGAGAUUGGCAAUCAAGUUCCGGACAACUCGCCGACUCUAUCUUGAUGAUGGACUCAUGGCUUUCGCCUUGUUACUUGCUUGGGUUCAUGCUAUCUUUCUACAAAUCUCAUUCUACAAUGGUCUGGGCCGUCAUGUCUUCUAUCUGGAGCCCGACAAGAGAUAUCUUGCUCUCAAAUACGGAUUCAUCUCUCUGGUGUGGAGCUACAUCUGUCCUAUGUUUGGCCGCCUCAGUUUUUGUGCAUUUCUUCUCUGUGUUGCCAAAACCGAUCCUCUGACCAAGAAAUGGCCCAUCUGGACUUUCGUUGUUUUGCAAAUAGUUGUCAAUGUUUUGGCAUCUGUCCUUCUUCUGGCGACCUGUGGAACUCAUCUCGAAGACAUGUUUCUCCUGCAUCUCGGAAAUUACUUCAACUACUGCUUGAACAUAGACAUCCAGACAAACUAUGCUUACUUUGCUGGUGCCGUCAACACCCUGACCGACCUCUUUUUGACCGUGCAACCUGCUCUGUUGAUUAUGCAUACCAAAUUGGCGACAAGUAACAAAGUUGGUGUUGCUUCUUUACUCUGUCUGAGUAUCAUUGCCAUGAUUGCAGCCAUUGUAAGGACAGUCGCUGCGCACACACUUAGUGACGUUGGCGACUACACCUACGAACUUACACCAUUCGUUACAUGGGUCUCGGUCGAACUCAACGUCGUGCUCACUGUCACAUCCCUACCUCUCUUACGACCACUUGCCCAGGGGGCCCGCCAACAAGCGAAUAGACUAUUCUCAACCAGUCGCAAGAUAAAAGAGCCUUGGGAUGACACGGUCUCGCUUCGCAGCUUGCAUACCUCAGGAGACGAAGAGAACAAGACAGGAGCUGGCGUAGGAGUGGUUGCUCUGGCUAGUCCAGCAAACGACAGUGGCUUUUUGGCACAACAGGACAUGUCAAAUGUCGUUCGAACGGUAGAGGUGUCAAUCAGCUACGAAAGCAACGAGACACCAAUGAUACAUGCUUGCUUGGUUGGACUGGUCCAAGGUCAAGCAAUGGAACGUCUGGCUGGCCGAUGA